AUGGACUCUUCACUGAGCAAGGCUCAAGGCUUUCGCCAGUAUCUCCCGGAUCUGAGCCAGCCGCGAUUCCAGGACAUGAAAAAGCAAGACGCUCAUGAAUACGCCGAGAACUUCAAGAAAAAUGGCCAACCUCCAUGGCUUCAUGGCUUAUACCUGCACUGGCGCAAGCUAUAUCAACAGCCUUAUCAAGGCAUUACAUCGGAUGGUAUCGUCAGAGACGGGCUGUUCAAGUUACAAGAUGAAGGAGUUCCGAUAACCGCCAUCACACAAGCUGCAAGUGAUCUUUGCGACAGCCUCAGCAGCGAACAAAGGCUAAAGACCUGUUACCACAUUGAUAGCCCCGAAUGGCGAACAUGGUCAAACCCAGAGUUCCUUCUUAGCGACAAAGGCAUUCGACUCGACGAGAUCACGAGCGACUUGAGAAGUAAGGUACUGAAGGUACUGGAACUUACACUCUCGCCUGAGGGGUAUGAAAAAGCAAUUGGGGCGAUGCGAGUAAAUCACUUCCUAGGGGUACUGGUGGAAUCACCCGCCGUCAUGAACGAGUUUUCUUAUAACUUCGUUCUAUUCGGAGAGCCAUCUACUACUCGUCCUUGGGGGUUUUCCUUCUACGGCCAUCACCUUUGUCUCAACAUCUUCCUCUACAAAUCUCAAAUUGUAGUAACUCCUUGCUUCACUGGCGCGGAACCCAACCUUAUCGACGAUGGUCCUUACAAAGGGACUAGAAUCCUCUAUAAGGAAGAGAGUCUAGGAUUGCAGUUGAUGCAGAGUCUAUCACCGGAACAGCAGGAAGCAGCACAAGUGUAUAAGCUGAUGAAAGAUCCCGCGAUGCCACACGGUCGUUGGAACCACGAUGAUCAGAGACAUCUAUGUGGAGCUUAUCGUGACAAUAGGAUUGUUCCAUAUGAGGGUAUCCUCGUGUCGAAUAUGUCAAAGGAACAGCAAGAUCACGUCCUGGGGAUCGCCAACGAAUUCUUGCUUUAUCUACCAGAUUCUGCUAGAGCGCUGCGCAUAGCACAGAUUAAAGAGUGGUUUCAUGAAACCUACUGGUGUUGGAUUGGCGGCUAUGGCGACGAGGAUCCAUUUUACUUCCGGAUACAGAGUCCAGUAGUGAUAUUCGAGUUCGACCAUCAUUCAGGCGUUUGUCUUAAUAACGAAGAGCCUGCCAAGUUCCACAUUCACACAUUGAUGCGGGCCCCUAACAAAGGAGACUAUGGUAUGGCGCUGAGGCCACUGAUACCUGGGGUAGAGCAGGGAUAUUUAUGGGAGGGAUAG